AUGGCGUCUCGUUUUUGGGGACAGGGAGACAGCGACUCCGAGGAGGAGGUGGACGAUAUUGAGUCAGAACAAGGGAGCGAUAGUGAAAAAUCAGAAGCUGGUGAUGGGGGUCGUGAUGUGUCCAAGAACCGCUAUUUGAAUUCAGAUGACAGUGACGACUCUGAUACUGAGAGUCAUCGUGUGAUUCGCUCGUUGAAGGACAAGCGCAAUGAUGAGAUGAAAGCUACUACCGACCAGAUGCGCAAUGCAAUGAAGAUCAAUGACUGUAUUAGCUUGCAAGAGAGUUUUGACAAGCUCAAUAAGCAGCUUGAGAAGGUUGUUCGUGUCAACGAAUCUACCAAAAUUCCAAAUAGGUACAUCACAGCUAUUGUAUUACUGGAGGACUUCCUUGCUGAGGCCCUUGCAAACAAGGAAGCCAAGGUGAAGAUGAGCAGCAGCAACGCCAGGGCACUCGUUGCAGUGAAACAAAAACUUAGGAAGAACAAUAAGCAGUAUGAAGACCUGAUCCAGAAGUGCAGAGAUAAUCCAGAGAGUUUUGAAGAUGACAUUGCAGAUGAAAAGGUUUUGGAUGAUGAUAGUGGUGAUAAUGGUAGUGACGUAGAUAUUGUGGAUCCUGAACCAGAUCGAGAUGACAGUAGCGAUGACAAUAAGGGUAAUCUGGGUGGAGCCUGGGAAAAGAAGUUGAGCAAGAAAGAUAAGAUUAUGGACAAACAGUUCUUGAAAGACCCCAGUGAGAUUACAUGGGAUAUUGUUGAUAAAAAGCUUAAGGAGAUUGUGGCGUCGAGAGGUAAGAAGGGCACUGGGAGAAUUGAGCGUGUGGAGCAGCUAACAUUUUUGACUCGUGUGGCAAAAACCCCUGCCCAGAAGCUUGAAAUUCUUUUUCAUGUGAUUUCUGCUCAGUUUGAUGUCAAUCCUAGCUUACUUGGUCAUAUGCCGAUCAACGUGUGGAAGAAGUGUGUUGAUAAUAUGCUUCUUGUGCUUGAUAUACUGCAACAAUAUCCUAAUAUUGUUGUAGACACCUCAGUGGAGUCUGAUGAGAAGGAAACUCAGAAGGGUGCUGACUACGAUGGAACGAUCCAUGUUACAGGUGACCUCGUUGCGUUUCUGGAGAGAAUUGACUCUGAAUUUUUCAAGAGCUUACAGUGCAGCGAUCCAUAUACAAAAGAUUAUGUUCAGAGGCUUAGAGAUGAACCCUUGUUUUUGGUGGUUGCACAGAAUGUCCAAGAUUACCAAGAAAGGGUUCAGAACUUUAAGGCUGCUGCAAAGGUUGCAUUGCGUCGUGUUGAACUAGUCUAUUACAAACCUCAAGAAGUGUAUGAUGCAAUGAGGAAACUGGCUGAGCAGACCGAACUUAGCAUGGAUGAUGGAGAUACUGAGGCUGGUGAGGAGCAUCAAGAAACUGAUGACAAUAGGGGACCGCCACCAUUUGUUGUGAUUCCAGAGGUUGUGCCUAGGAAGCCUACUUUCCCACCAAGCAACAGAGCUUUGAUGGAUGAUCUGAUGUCUCUGAUUUACAAGUAUGGAGAUGAAAGGACCAAAGCCCGAGCAAUCCUGUGUCAGAUAUAUCACUAUGCAAUCUCUGAUGAAUUUUCAGUGGCUCGUGACUUGAUCUUAAUGAGUCGUUUACAAGAUGGGGUUCAACUUAUGGACAUAUCAUCACAGAUUUUAUACAACAGUGUCAUGGCCCAACUGGGGUUAUGUGCUUUCAGGGCUGGUUAUAUUGCUGAAGCUCAUGGUUGCCUGUCUGAGCUAUAUUCAUUUGGGAGAGUGAAAGAGUUGCUUGCGCAAGGGGUACAGCAGAGCCGAUACCAUGACAAAACUCCUGAACAGGAAAGACUUGAGAGGAGAAGGAUGAUGCCUUACCAUAUGCAUAUAAAUCUUGAACUUUUGGAAGCCACACACUUGGUUUGUGCUAUGCUAAUUGAGGUCCCCAACAUGGCUGCCAGUGCUUUUGAUAAGCGAAGGCCUAUGAGCAAAACAUUCCGCAGGCUUCUUGAAAUUAGUGAGAGGCAGACUUUUGUUGGUCCUCCGGAGACUGUGAGGGACCAUGUAUUGGCUGCCACAAGAGCCCUCACUAAGGGUGACUACGAGAAGGCUUUCAGUGUCAUCAGUUCACUCGAUACCUGGAAGCUUUUGAGGAACAAGGAACAUAUUCUUGAAAUGCUGAAGCUUAAGAUCAAGGAAGAGGCUCUCAGAACAUAUCUGUUUUCUUACUCGUCUUGCUACGAGUCCCUGAGCCUUGACCAGCUCACUACAAUGUUUGACCUCAGUGAGAAACAGGCUCACAGCAUUGUUAGCAAGAUGAUGAUGCAUGAGGAGCUUCAUGCAAGCUGGGACCAACCAACGAAUUGCAUCAUUUUCCAGAACGUGUAUCAAACUAGGCUGCAGGGACUACUCUUCCAGAUGGCUGAUAGGCUCUCUGUCCUUGUGGAGAGCAACGAGAGGGCGUAUGAGGCUAGGACUGGUGGCGCCCUUGAGGGUGCACCGCCCAGGCGCAGGGGUGGUGAUGGUCAAGACUCGUACGGUUUGGGCAAGUGGCAGGAGAACUUUGUAUCAUCACAAGGGCGGCGAGGCGGUGGGAGGUCAGGCUAUGCCAGGCGAACCGGAGGUUCUGGACGUGGAGGUGGUUACCAAAACGACAGGAGUGGCCAGGGAUCCCGUGGAGGCUAUGGUGGUGGCGGUUCACGGUUCCACGAUGGAAGAGCCCGCACGCAGUCUGGUAUGCCAUCUAGAGGGGAUAGGGGUGCACGCUUGGAAACUCAAACUGAGUUAUCCGGUUUGUAUUGUGGGAGCAAGGACCAUGUGCACACUCCUGCAUUUGACAAAAAGGUGUGA